GCUGGAUCACAAGGCGCCUCCAAGACUCGAUGAACAGCCACCCUUUUGCCCCAAGACCACUGAGCGAGAGCCUCACGAGCUUCGUGCGUCCACGAGGCCGUUACCACGCCGGUGUAGUGGGGCUCACGACACCUUUCGAAGCCGCAGUGAGUCCGUACGAUACGUACCAGAGAGCUGGGAAGCCAGAAGUUGAUUGCCCGCCGAUGCGCGAUGAACUACGAGCCAAGGGUGAGGCCUCAAACACGCUUCUGUCUUUAACUAGAGAGUCGAGUAGAAAGCCGAAGAUAACGAUGGACCAAAGCCCAACCAGACUCAAAGAGACACAUAAGCGCAAACGGGAGGACGCCAACAAGUCCCGUCGUAGAGAACAAUGUCGGGCCAACCAGGCGCGAUACCGAGACAAGCAGAGGAACGCCCAGCUGCAACUCGAGCGGAGUGUCGAGCAACUGCACACAGAGCUGGUCACUCUAAAGCGUCGAUACCGGGACUUGGCCUCUCUCGAGAGGAGCAACCAGAGCCCGUGGAGUAUUGUGGCUGAGGUCUUCCGACUGCUGGAGACCAGUUUCCGCUCCCCCUGGCGUGUGGCCAGCACUCGGGAGAUGCGGAGCCACUCGGAGACGCGCCAGAUCUUGGCCAUCCUGGAGCGAGCGUUCGCCCACGACGCGGCCAUGGGAGAGCUGCGAGGUGUCGACGCGCUGAUGGAGCAGCUGCUGCUGUUCUCGCAGUACUUUGGACAGCCCCACCUGAAGCUCCAGCGGAUUGAGUCGGUAGCUCCAGGUGUCAUGGCUGCCCGAGCAAAGCUCAGUGUGACGGUGACCGAGCUCACGCUUCGGCAUGCGUUUCCUCACUUGGAAGAGCCCGCGGGUGGAGAGGACCGCGUGCUCCUCUUCCAGCGUCUUUUGGGUCAGCGUCUGGAGUGCGACUGCUCUUUGAGUUUCCUAUUUGACGAAGACAGCGAGCGCGUCUCACGUCUGGAGGUGAGCAUCGACUUGGCGACGCCUCUCUAUGAGGUGCUCGGCAGUCUGAAGGACGUAUUGAACGUGCUUGAGCAUGCUCGAGUGUCGUCCGAGUGUGUCAUUGGUGCUGAUUUUAGCGGUAACCGUAGCUUCGACUCCACUAGCUCGUAAGUAAAAAGUUUAUUUAGUGUUAAUCGGUACAGACAGCUGCCGCAUUUUUUAGACUCCAUG